AUGGAGCAUUUUUGUUCCCUCGAUCUUAUCUUCAUCCCGUCUGCAGGUCAGGUCAGGGGCAGGUUAAGUUCAAGGCUUCGCCAUCUUGCUUUCUCCGUUUAUAUGAACAUGGGAAGCUAUAGCUUUCCUCUUUCGACAAGUGCGUUUGCCAGGUACGCCAAAUCAGUCCGUUCGGUUGGGGUUAAAGCACGCAUUGGGUUGACAAAGCAGGUUACUGAAGCAUGGGCAAGGCUUCUUCUGCGCCAUCUGGUAGGUCGGCGGAGCCGGCAGGGCUUGUCUAGAGUUGGCAUUCCGAGUCUCCAUAUUAUUUGGUUGACAGGAUGCGGCAGCUCGAACCUUCGAGUUCUUGUCUCCAUCUAA